AAAUCAAAGUUGUUUCACUUUGGCAAUGUAAAUUAUCAAUAUGGCCGCAGUAUGAUAACCCUAUAUACCAAUUGUAUGCAGAAUUUCCACUUCAUAUUCUGUCUUUAUAACAAACUCACACUCACACACAUCGUCUAACUUUUUCAUUCGAAUUCGCAUGUCAAGUGGACAGAGUUUUGGAAUUGUGUUUGUGUAUCACAGCAUCGCCGCACAAGGAGUUUGUCGUUUAAUCGCAACCAAACAACAUACGUAUUAAGAGCGCGUUGAUCGCAACAAGCCAUGAAAAUAUUUCUUCAUUAAACAUAGCAAAAAUAUCGUUUUAAAAUAAACAAGUGCUUUCUGAAACUCAAGAGAACAUUAUUAGUUGAAUAAAAUGUUGUGGACAAAAGAAUCUCUUCAAGAAGAUGCGGCGUAUACUAAUUUAUUGGACUCCCCAUUUAUGAUUGACGGCAUUUACAAAAAAUACAAAGAAGACGGCACCCUUGUAAAAGCUCUGUUUGCGUCAUCAUUUAAGAAAAGUUCUGCAAAGGCGACUGAAUAUCGACAAAAAGGAAAUGAAUUAUUUGCUGAAAAGAAAUGGAUAUACGCUAUGGAGUACUACAACAAAUCAUUGUGUUUUGCAAAAGAAGGUUCCGAAUUGAUGGGAUUGGCGUACGCAAAUCGGUCAUCGUGUUUUUUCAACAUGCAAAUGUACAGCAAAUGUCUCACCGACAUCGAAAACGCCAAACAAAACAAUUAUCCAGAAGAAAAAAUGUCCAAAUUGGAUGAACGAAAAGCUAAAUGCUCGGCUAUUCUGACAAAGGAGACGGAUCAAAGUGACAUUUUUGAGCCCAAACUCGAUUAUGAACCCAAUGAAAACUUUCCGUGUUUUGCAAAUGUUCUGAGAAUUGCGCAAAACAAUGAAAACGGACGACAUGUUGUCGCCACAACGAAUAUUGACGUAGGCAAAACAGUAAUGGUUGAUCAAAGCUACUUUGCGGAGACAUUUAAUCAAAAGUACGGACGAUGCAAUAUUUGUCUACGAUCAGCUGAAAUCCUCAAACCAUGCCAAAAAUGUGCGUUCACAAUGUUCUGUCCAAGAUGCGAAGGAAACAGUUUUCAUGAUUUUGAAUGUGAUAUCAAUCUAAACUAUUUUGGUUCUCUUUCAUUCAUGAGUUUUCGUAUGGUGGUUAUUCGUUCGAUUUUAUUGGCAAUGGAUGCAUAUCCUGAUAUCGAU